CACCGAAGUCUAGGGAUGGGAAUAGGGGAAAAGAAGGGAGGAGUAUUUGGGAGUAUUUGGGUGGGAGGAGGAGGAUUUAAUCAGUGGCCUCAGAGAAGGCACAGAGGGAAUGAAAAUGGGGUGAGAAGGUGGAACCCUUAUCUUAAGUUGCCGUUUCCCUCCGGAGGCCUGACCAAGAAACCACCGAUUCGGGGCGGAAUGACUUCCGAUAAUGCGCCUCACAGUUCAUUUCCGCCCUAAACCUGCGUCUGUGCUUGCGCCAUUUCCGCCAGCCUAGAGUGUCUCCGCCCUUCCCGCCUCCCUUCUCCGAGCGUCUUAAACACAGGCCUUGGGCCUACAGCUCUGGGGGUACUUGGGGGGCGGGGGGGGGAAGGUCUGAUGAGUAACCCCUCCCCCCAGGUCCCAGAGGAAGAAGCCUCUACAUCUGUCUGCCGGCCCAAGAGUUCCAUGGCCUCCACUUCCCGCCGUCAACGCCGAGAGCGUCGCUUCCGUCGUUACUUGUCUGCAGGACGGCUGGUCCGGGCCCAGGCCCUUCUCCAGCGACACCCAGGUCUUGAUGUGGAUGCUGGGCAGCCCCCACCACUGCAUCGGGCCUGUGCCCGCCAUGAUGCUCCUGCCUUGUGCCUGCUGCUUCGCCUUGGGGCUGACCCUGCCCACCAGGACCGCCAUGGGGACACGGCGCUGCACGCUGCUGCCCGCCAGGGCCCCGAUGCCUACACAGACUUCUUCUUACCACUGCUGAGUCGCUGUCCCUCUGCAAUGGGAAUAAAGAAUAAGGACGGGGAGACUCCUGGGCAAAUUCUGGGUUGGGGCCCUCCAUGGGAUUCUGCUGAAGAGGAGGAAGAAGAAGAGGCUUCCAAAGAGCAGGAAUGGAGACAGAAACUGCAGGGCGAGCUAGAGGAUGAGUGGCAGGAGGUCAUUGGGAGGUUUGAAGAUGAUGCUUCCCGUGAGACCCAGGAACCCGAGUCCUUCUCAGCUUGGUCAGACCGCCUGGCCCGGGAACAUGCCCAGAAGCGCCAACAGCAACAGCGGGAAGUAGAGGGAUCCUGCCGACCCCCAAGAGCUGAGGGCUCCAGUCACAGCUGGCGACAACAGGAGGAGGAACAGCGUCUCUUCCGAGAGCGAGCCCGAACCAAGGAGGAAGAACUGCGUGAGAGCCGAGCCAGGAGGGCCCAAGAGGCUCAAGGGGACCAAGGGUCCGAGCCAGCCAGGGCUGGGCCCAGAGCAGAGCACCCCAGAGGGGCGGGAAGGGGCAACCUCUGGCGCUUUGGUGAUGUGCCCUGGCCCUGCCCUGGGGGAGGGGACCCAGAGGCCAUGGCUGCAGCCCUGGUGGCCAGGGGUCCGCCAUUGGAGGAACAGGGAGCUCUAAGAAGGUACUUGAGGGUUCAGCAGGUCCGCUGGCACCCUGACCGAUUCCUGCAGCGAUUCCGGAGCCAGAUUGAGACCUGGGAGCUGGGUCGUGUGAUGGGAGCUGUGACAGCCCUUUCUCAGGCCCUCAAUCGCCACGCAGAGGCCCUCAAGUGACCCUAGUGAAAGAACAAGAAACUGUGGGGAUGCAGGCUCAGGGGCAGGCAGAAGGAAAGGUAAGGUCAGGGAUGGGGACGGACAAGGAAGAGGCAGAUGCCACGUGGAGAGGAUAUGGGUGGGAAUGAAACUUGUAACUAGCGGGGGUGGGGGGCAUAUGGGCCUCUACCACUGCUCUUGACUCUGCCAUUUCCUAAUAAGACUUGGUUCCACAUCUCA